GACCAGCUGGUGAAGGAGGACAACAUCGACGCGGUGGGCACCAAGCUGCAGGAGUACCACUCGCAGUACCAGGACAAGAGCCGAGAGUACGACCGGCUCUACGAGGAGUACACGCGCACCUCGCAGGAGAUCCAGAUGAAGAGGACGGCCAUCGAAGCCUUCAACGAGACCAUCAAGAUAUUCGAGGAGCAGUGCCAGACCCAGGAGCGCCAGAGCAAGGACUACAUCGAGCGCUUCCGCAGGGAGGGCAACGACAAGGAGAUCGAGCGGAUAAUGAUGAACUACGAGAAGUUGAAAUCCCGCCUGGGUGAAAUCCAUGACAGCAAAAUGCGGCUGGAGCAGGACCUGAAGAAGCAGGCCCUGGACAACCGCGAGACGGACAAGAAGAUGAACAGCAUCAAGCCGGACCUGAUUCAGCUCCGCAAGAUCCGGGACCAGUACCUCGUGUGA